AAAGGCCGUGUAUUUAACAUAUUAUCCGUCGGAAGUAUAUGGACAUGGCUACGUAGUUCAAUAUGUCCAUAGAGGCGCUGAUGGUAAAUCGCAAUUAAAAUGUGGACGCGAGCGACACGCGAGUGAAACAGCUCUCCGACUUUUCUUUGCUUAGUUUUGCUAUAGUUACCGAUUUUUAAAGAUUUUUUUAUCAGUUAUUGGACUUUUCAAUUAUUGGAAAGGAAGUUGAUUUAAGGAAGAAAAACAUAAUAAAAUAAAACAAGAUUAUAAUAAAAGAUGAAAUUUUUCACCGAUUCCAUAGCACGUUGUGCUGCACGAAUCGGUACAUUAAGUGGAUUUGAAAGAUUACCUAAUGUCUCUUUUGAAACACCCUUACUCCUUAUUUAUACAAAGAGUGGCAGUGUACCACAUUUAACGAAGGAUAUAUUCAAAACUGUAACAAUGGAGCAACAAAUGCUAUCUGUUUCACUUUCCUCAACUAUAUUAAUGACAGAUGUUAUUAAAGAAUUAGAUACUUCUUUUGCUGAUUUUGUUAGCAUGAAGGAAUAUAUAAAUUUUUUAUCAAUACAUGAUCCUGCUAAAACCACCAACUCUGGAUUUCAACAAUUAGAUUCGAUUUCCAUCUGGUCUAGAACAGGAAGAAUCAUCCUCUCUGCUAAUAAGUAUAUGGAGCUUGUUCAAGCUUAUAAACCAGAUCUUUAUGUUGCACUAUGCGAUGGAGAUACAAAUAUUAAUAGUGGUACAAAACGAAUAUCGAAAGCAGUACUUCGAAGUAAAACUUUACUAGAACAAUGUUUGGAUAUACAUUUGCACUCAGAUGUUUUAAAAUCAAAGGGAAUACUAGGAUCAGUAGAGGGUGGUUAUAAUUUGCAAGCUAGAGAAGAAUCCAUAGGUUAUCUAAAAGAUAAGCCUUUGGCAGGAUUCGUAAUAGAUGGAUUGCAUAAUAACGGUCCAGAUGUACAAAAUAUUUCAUCAAAACAAAUUAAGCAAGUAGUACAACAUACUAUCAACUUACUGCCUACUGAUAAAAUAAGAGUUUCAUUGGGUUGUUGGAACCCAGUUACUAUAUUGGAUCUCAUCGAAUUAGGAGUGGAUAUAUUUGAUUCAUCUUAUCCUUGUGUAAUUACUGAACAGUCACAGGCUUUGACUUUCAUGUGCGACCACGAUGCCUGUGAGAAUAAUCAACACAUAAUGUCAAUAGCAGAAAAAAGGUAUAAAGAUGAUUUUUCUCCUAUAUGUAAAAAUUGCAAAUGUCUUACAUGCGAAAAUCAUACAAGAGCAUAUAUCCAUCAUUUGCAUCAUACAAAGGAAAUGCUUUGCUUAAUACUUUUAAUGAUACAUAAUACUCAUCAUUAUCUUCAAUUCUUCAGUACUAUCCGCGAUAAUAUAAAAAAUGGAACAUUUAAUCAACUUCAGACAAAAAUUCGUUUAAAAUAUGCAACUGUUAAUUCAGAGACUAUCGCUAUAUGAACAUUAUUUUUAAUAAAUUAUUUUUUAUUUAUA